GAGGAGGAUCGUCGCGAGAGAGAGAGAGAGAGAGAGAGAGAGAGCGAGAGAGGGAGAGAGAGAGAUUCUAGGCAUUUUCUUCGGUACGCGGACGAUUUAACCAACCACACACACACAGAUUCUAGACUAGUGACGCACAAAACGUGUUGCGGUAAAUUAUAUUUUAAGGAUGUAACAAACAAUUGUAAUGUUUAAACGAGCAGUACCAUGUAUGUUAUCUGUUUGUUUAAAAUAAAUACCCAUUAAAGUGUACGAGACUUUUUCCUCUGAACGGUGUUUACCUUUGAUUGAAUCUGAUUAACGUGUUAAAAGUUAUCCAGUUAUGGGGAAGAGAUAUUAUUGUGCUUACUGUGACAGAUCAUUUAAGGAUGACCCGGAGGCUAGGAAAAGACAUCUUUCCAGUUUGCAGCAUGCGAAAAAUCGUGCAGACCACUACAAUAUGUACAAAGACCCAGAAGUGAUAUUGCAAGAAGAGCGAGGUAAGACGCCCUGCAAGCGUUACUUAACGGUUGGCGACUGUGCGUUUGGUCUCGGAUGCAGGUUUUCACAUUAUACGCCACAGAUGUUAUGGGAACUGCAACAGUAUGUGAAUAUGAGGAACGCGUCGAAAUUACAUGUAACGCCUGAAAGCGGUUGGCCCGAUCCUGACGAUAUUAUUAAAGAAUACUUUGAAAAUGCGGAGAGUUCGAGCAGUUUGGAAGAACCCAGUUACCCUACGUGGUUUAAGCCUCUAGAAGUACACGACUACUCGAUGUUGCCACCGUCUUUGUGGCCAAUCACUCCAGAGAGCUUAGCGAAUACCUCGACGUUCAACCAAUGGGGUUAAAAUUUAAGUAUAUGUAACAUUAAUCUUGAACCAAAGUGUAGCGUGAAGUAAGUGCGAAGUGACUAAGAACUAUAAUCAUAUAAUUGUAAAUA